AACCCCAUCGUCACUCAUCAUUGGUCACACUCACCGGUUCCAGAGUGGUUCUGACACGAGCCGUUUCUCAUCGGAAAUUUCUUCCACUGAGCUCGUCCCUUUCAUCGUUUCUCGGGUUAAUCGCUCCGUACUCUAGGCAUUGGAGAGAAAACUUGUUUGUGUUCUGGUGAUUGUAGCUCUCUCUGUUCGUGAUGAUGUUUUUAAGUACGGGUCUAUCACUCGUGCGAUGUUGCUAGGCACUUUGAGUAACUCAUUGCAUAUGAAAAGUAGAAUAUGUUACUCACUCAUGCAUCAUGUGACAAGGCUUGUAACUUGUAAACAACUAUGUGGCAAGAGCCAUUCGGUCACAAGAGUUUCCAUUAACAUAAAUUGUGUAAAAAGCGGGGUGUCGGAAAUCGAAACAUAAUAAGUUACAUGAAACCAUAUCUAUGGUAUAUCUUAUGUACGUGUCUAUGCUUUUUAAGAAACAAAGCAUUAAAUGGAGACAUAGAUAGGAGUCUUGUCGACACUUUUUUUUGUUCGCCCUAGUUGAACUCUCCCAGACACGGAAUUCGAGGUAGCCGCUCAUCAACAAUAUGAGCCUCUUCCGAUGACAAGUCUCUGGCUCUCCGUCCUGACCAGCGCUUGUUCUUACUUUCUCGAGUCCGGUUACUCGACGAUUGUUGGCUCACUUCCGCCGGCUUUUCUGGUUGCCGGCGAGAUCUUCUGGAAUUCUGCCACCCUUCCCCGGUGUUGGCGAGAUCGGCGAGCAAACCGCCAAAUCUUCUGUGUGUUCUCUCCAUCCAUCAUGGGACACACUUCUCGCGAAGCUCGUCGGAUCCACCGGAGCCACUGGCGUCACCGGACCUACCAUACCCAUCUUCUUUUCUUGUUCUUCUUGGGGUUCUCUACUCAUGUUCUCAGAUUGGUUUAUGGUCUUUCGACUACAAUGAGUUGUCGGAAUUGGUAGAGGUUGUUACCGGAGUUCCUGCGUUCGAGCUAUCCUUAUCUGGUUGUGUCUCCGGCAAGGCUUAUGUCUUCCCUUCACCCUCUUCAGUGGUAGAUCUUGUCUCGGUUGCAAACCGAAGAACCCUUUCUCCUUCAACCACUAUUAUCCGUUUAGCUCUAAAACUUACGACCACUCCCCACUCCAUCAUACUCUCCAGGACCACCAUUCGUUUUGUCUCAGUUGGAUGCAUCAUACCUAGCAAGGUUUCACGAGGUGUAACCCUAUUUUAGCUGCAAGCUGCUUUCUCACUCAGCGCAUUCAUGGACUUGCUUUCGGGACGGGUGAUUCUGUUCUUGAGUUUCUUCGGCGUGAACAUGCCUUUUUCUUGGUUUAUUACCAAAGUUCUUUUCCCGACCUCUCAACGUCUUCUAGAUUAUUACACAUAGUGGUUGGAGAUGAUUGUAUACUCAAAGAUUUAUGGAGGAUGCAGCUUCAUGUGCUCUCUAUGCUUUUCUUAUCCGUUAUUACCCUUCUUCCGCUCGCUACCAAAGCUGAAGCAGAUUUAACUAGUUUGGUGAGCUGUUGUUAUCUCAGAGCUCCGCGGUCUCCGCUUGUGAUGACGGACUCCUCCUUCCGACUAAGCAGUUUGCCGUUGUCGAGACUAUUCUCUAGCUCAGCCAAUUCUCCAUCUAUCUCGGGUAAUCCCUCCGAAGAAACUAUUUUGGUUUGCCUCUCGACCUCCUUAGUCGAUGAUAGUUACACCUCCAAGCAGCACCGCCACCUCAUCUUGCUCAGAUCUAGUGUGGAGCUGCAACGAAGAAGAAGUUCGUUCACUUUAUUUUUGCGUCUAAAUAGAGUUGUCAAUCCAAGUGGGCUAACACAUGACAAAUCUCUCAUUUUUCACUUAAUGGACCUAGGCCCAAUAAAUAUCAAAUGCUCCCAAUCCAGCCCAUGUAUCUCUAAUCAAGAAUCUUUCUCUGGCGAAGUAAUGAGUGGAUUUGUUUUAGUUUUCAUUGCUUUGGCCCUACAAUGUUUAUCAAUGUGUGAAAGAAUUUCCUCGUUUUCGGAGGUUAUUAUUUGUUCUAAUGGAAAUAGCUCAUUUUCCUCAUUCUAUGAGAGACAUUUCACAAUAAAUUCCUCCUAUACGGAGAGAUCUUUUGCAAGCUCUAGUAGGUGUUGUUGGCUCUCAUGUUUUUCUUCCAGUUCCAUUCCCUUGACCACACAAUUUCGUCUUGAUCCGCGCUUUAUGUUAUCCACUUGGUUCAGAUAUUUCUAUUUGGUGUGGCAAGGUAGUUUUUACUUGGAUCUUUUUUCCGGCACUCGACUUUUGGGAAUUCGUUCCCAACCUACAUGCUGUCUUCCUUUUCAGGGAGCUGAAGAUUCAUUAUCUUUAGUGCGAGUUAGGUUUUUAAAAACCCGUCGGAAUCUCUGUAUUCCAGUGUGGCAAAUUGUCAUUUUGCGGCCAAUGAUUCGGUCUUGGUCAGCUUCCUGUCACUUCAUGUGGCCUAUCUCCUUAGUGGAUCUCACUAUCUAUUUGGUUUUAAUAUCUCUUUAUCGUAGUCUUAGUAUUUAUCGUAGCUUCUGCUAUUUGUACCCUAGUUGCCUUCAAACUUGUUAUCUCUUUUGCUUUAACUUGAUCCUGGUGUUGUGUAUUUGUGUAAGCAACACACUGUGGCUUUCUUUCCUCCUGUAUAAGUUAGUUGGUUGUAUUAUGCUCCUCUUAGAGUGGAGUACCAAAAAUGUUGUAACUUAAUUUAAUGGAAUGUUUGUUGAUAAAAAAAAAUGGAGACAUAGAUAGAUAUGUUGUGUGUGUUUCAGUUUAUCGUCUUAUCUUUCUUAUGAACCCUUCGGAUAGGAUUAAUUAGGAGUAUGGAUCUGUUUGGGAGACUUGUAGAGAUGGCUAGCUGUAAAAACCUGUUUAAGACUAAACAAUGUUUAGCUCUGAUAAAAAGUGGUAAUCUCCUCUCUCUCUCUUUUUGUUGUUGU